UCACCGGGUCCAGGCUGGAGAUUCCCCGCUGGCACCCGGCGUUCAUCGGAGAAAGCUGACAGAGGAGAGACCUGUGUAUGCUGCUUUGUAUUUCUCUGCACAGCAGAGAAAUACAAAGUAGCAUGCCUCCCUAGUAAAACACACACAGCACAUAAUGUUAAACAGCACACAGUUAACCCUUUGAUCACCCCACAUAUUAACCCCUUCCUGCCCAGUGUAAUUAGUACAGUAUCAGUGCUUUUUAUAAGCACUGAUCACUGUAUUAGUGUCAUUGGGAUGUCAGCGGCAGUCAUUUCCCACUCAGUGUCAGAAUGCCUGUCGCAGUCCCACUAU